UGAUCGUCAGCAUUAAAGCAAUAAGCAAUUGAACGUUGAAACGACAAGAUCGGCGAGCGUAAAAACAUUCAUAAGUGAACAAAUUAUAAAAAUUUUUACAAAAAUAAGACAAAUAAAAAGUUUAUAAAAAUUAAAAUACCAAAAACCUUAAAUUAUUUAAAAAAAAUACUACAGAUAUCGAUAUCCUGCAAGUGUACGACAGUACGUAAAUUCAACAAAAGAGAAUCAAAACAAACAAAGAAAAUGUUGCCACCAGUACGAAAAACGCAAGUGCAAUUAAUUAUCCUGCAAUUUAUUCUACAUUGCUUGCAUGGCGUAUACAGCGCCUCACAGCCACCGUAUCAAGUGUCACUUUAUGUGUCGCUGCAUCCACGUGCGCCGCCCAUACACUAUUGUAACGGUGUUAUUGUGCAGAGCAGCUUGAUAUUAACUACCGCCAGUUGUGUCUACUACCAGUCGUCGGUGAUUGAGGAGAGUGGCGCACCGGUGCGCAUACCGUCGGCAAAGAUCAGUGUGGUGCCAGGUGUUGCGGGCACCUACAACGUACUGAACACUUUCAAUGUGUUAGAGAUAAAUAUUGCACCGGGUUUUAAUUACAAGACAUUGGCAAAUAAUUUGGCACUGCUCCGUUUGGAUACGACACUGCCGCUUGGUCAACGCGAAGACGUACAAUGGAUCAUAAUGGAUGAUUAUGUGUAUGAAGAGAAGGCUUUAUAUAUGGCAGGAUUUCCGUCAUUAAAUGUGGACCAAAACGCCAUGCUUUUAGAGAAUGUACAAAUAUUACCAAACGAACAAUGCGCACAGGUCGCAACGGCAGCGUCGAUUAUAAGCAACGAAAGCAUUUGUGCGCGUUAUCCGUACACAUAUUCAUAUGCGGUCGGACCGGAUUGUGAGUUCCCAAGCGAUUUUCCUUCAUUUAAUACCGAUUAUGGCACAGGUCUGAUAGUGCGCAGCACAUUGGUCGCCCUGUUUUCGCAUACAAUUGCAACAUCAUCCAAUCAAAAUACCAACAAUUGUCGGGAGCAGCAACCGUUUAUUGCGAUUUUCGCCGAUGUCGGACCACAUGUAGAUUGGAUUUAUGGCAUUAUCGCGAGUGAGGAAAUGUUAGCUUUGCAUCAAAAUGACUUUAUGUACUCAGCGCCUUAUCAGCAAGAUGUUAGUAGCGCUAUUAUGUACUCAUCGUAUGCGUCAGAGUUAAUGCCGUCAUUAAUUGAAACACCAACUACAACAACAGCAGCAACAACGACAACAACCACAACAAUAACAACGGCAGCUGCGGUGAUGACUACCACCAAUGAAGUAACGGCGCACCCCAGCAGCACGGAAGUGAGUUCAACGCAGCCGCCAUGUGUGAGUGCUGCCGACAAAGUUGUUGGUAUGAAGUCCGCAUUGUUGUUAUACGCCAUAUCUUACAUAUUUUUGGCUUAUUUCAAAAAGUAAGCACAUGAAAAUGUAUGUUAUGUGCAAGCAACUUUUCGAAUGUGCCAACUUAUAUACGUGAUAUAUAUUCAUUGUAUAAUAUCAUUUUUAUAUUUUAUGCAUUUUAGUUAUAACUAAGCUUAAGAGAAUGCAAAAAGACUGAUACGGAAUGAUAUGUAUGCAAUAGGUGUCCGAUAUUUGUUGAUUGUUCUUUAGCAAACGCCUCCUAAAGUUCUAAUUUUUGCUUUGAAAAAUGAAUCCGACGUGAAUACGCGUGUUUUAUUUGCAAUUUAAACCGUGUCUUAAACAUUCUACUUUUCCCAUGUAUUUUAUAUGGCAUUUUUGAUAUACAAUACCUAACGUUCAAAAAGUGAUAUUCUAAUAGAAAUAGCAGUUAAAAUUGUAUGUAUUCAUAAAGUACACCAUGUCGUAUAAGUAACAUAGAUUGUAUAAAUCAAUUGUAGGAAUGCUCAGUUCAUUUGAUUUAUAACAACAAACAAAAUCGGAAAUUUUAGAGUG